AUCCUGACAGCGGCUUGUCAGCUGAUCCCCUUCACUGGCGAGUGAGGAGGAAAAUCAGCUGAAAGAAAACACUGCUGGCUAGUUAAAGUCAUGGCUGCGGAGAUUCAUUCGAGGCCUCAGACCGCCAGACCGGUUCUUUUGAACAAGAUCGAAGGACACUCAGACGCUGUCAAUGCAGCCGUUUUAAUACCAAAAGAAGAUGGAGUGAUCACGGUCAGCGAGGACAGAACAAUCCGGGUAUGGCUGAAGAGAGACAGCGGUCAGUACUGGCCAAGUAUCUUCCACACAGUCUCCUCUCCGUGCUCUUGCAUGUCGUACCACCAUGACAGCAGACGCAUCUUCAUAGGCCAGGACAAUGGAGCUGUUGUGGAGUUUCUCAUCUCUGAAGAUUUCAACAAGAUGAACCAUGUCAAAACAUAUCCAGCCCACCAGAACCGUGUGUCAGAUAUGGUGUUCUCCUUGGAGAGUGAGUGGGUGGUGAGUACUGGCCAUGACAAGAGUGUGAGCUGGAUGUGCACCCAGAGUGGAAGCAUGCUGGGGAGACACUACUUCACCGCCUGGGCCUCCUGCCUACAAUACGAUCACGAGACACAGCACGCCUUCGUUGGCGACUACUCAGGACAGAUCACGUUGCUAAAACUGGAAAAGCAGACAUAUUCCACCAUCACUACACUAAAGGGUCAUGAAGGAAGUAUAGGAGCUCUGUGGUGGGACCCUGUCCAGAGGCUGCUGUUCUCAGGGGCCUCUGACCACAGCGUCAUCAUGUGGGACAUUGGGGGCCGCAAGGGACGGACACUAUUGUUGCAGGGCCACCACGAACGUGUUCAGGCCCUGCGUUACCUCCAGCUGACGAGGCAGUUGGUGUCGUGCUCAGCUGACGGAGGCAUUGCAGUGUGGAACAUGGACACGCAGAGAGAAGAGGCACCUCAAUGGUUAGACAGCGACUCGUGUCAGAAGUGUGAGCAGCCUUUCUUCUGGAACAUCAAGCAGAUGUGGGACACUAAGACUCUGGGACUCAGACAGCACCACUGCAGGAAGUGCGGCAAAGCUGUGUGUGGGAAAUGUAGUUCGAAACGCUCCACAUUUCCAAUCAUGGGCUUCGAGUUCCCUGUGCGGGUGUGUGAUGCCUGUUUUGACACCAUUAAAGAGGAAGACCGAACACCGUUGGCCACGUUCCACGAGGGAAAACACAACAUCGCCCACAUGGACAUGGACCCAUCCAGAGGCCUGAUGGUCACUUGUGGAAGCGAUCGCAUUGUUAAGAUCUGGGAUAUGACGCAGGUGGUUGGCUGUAGCUUAGCAACAGGCUUCUCUUCGCGCUGAUUGGCCAAGCCCACUUCGUCCUCCUCCAUGUGCUCCGCCCACUCUUCCAAUUUCAUGGAAACCCUUCUGUACUGUACGUCUCUCCAUCACGCCUGGGAUCUUCUGCUGCAACCAGGCCUGUUCUGGGUGAAUGUGUGAGUGUGUGUGAAUGUGUGUGUGUUGAUAGUGUUGCCCUCCACAUUCCUUUUGCUUCUCACAAAAAAUAAAAAAAAAUCUAAGUUCACUAACUGUCAGUCCUACACAAAAGUGUGUGUGACUGAUUUUUGACUUUUUGUGCUGAUCCGAAACAGAACCCUAAGCACAAAGAUGUGUGUAUGUGUGUGUGUGUGUGUGUGGAAGUGUGCAUGUAUUGUAAUGAUUUCUCCUAUAGGAGGAAUGGUAAUGGUAUUAGUGUUUACAUUCAAUAUUUCUGAUGCUUCUUUUGACAAAGGUCAUUUUUUUAUUGCCUUUGCACUGUAAAAUUUGAUUUCAUCAUAUUGCUGACCUGCCAUUCCUGUAAAAACACACUAGCUUCUCUCCCUUAUUACUGUGGCCCACUAACUGCAUAUUACUCAGUCACUGUAACAUGUACAAAAAACCUUAAUCACCUGUAUAUAGCUCUGCAUCAUGUGUAUAGUAGAUAUUUGAGUCUCACUGAUCAGAGUGAUCAGCUUUUUCUGUCUUUUAUCCCUCUCUUAUUCAGUUUUUUUCUCUUUCACUAGUUGGCCUUAAAUCACUCUCAGGAGGUUUUACAUCACUAGGUUGUCAUUGGGCGGGGGCUCUUCAUUUCAGUCGUCACUGUUCGUAAUGUGAGAUUACACAAGCGGGUUAAGAGAAUCAGUAGACCGGCCUCUCUCUCGAUAGAUGAAAUCUCUUGGUAGAUGCUGCCAGUCGUCAGGUGUUUGUAUGACAGCACUGACCCAGCCUCCAUCAUAUAGGCAUGGGAAAUUAGAACAUGUUGCCUAUAGUAACAUUUGCUGACAGCAACAUCGUCAGACAUCCUGUUGCAGCCAUGCUGAGAUGUAACCAGUGGAAUUACCAUUCAAGAUUUGAUUGGUGUGACUUGUGAUCAUUUCAGUUUUCUGGGUUUAAGUCUUCAGCUUUAUUUAGAAACACUUUUUUUUUUUAAUAGCACAGCGUCACCCUCUCCUAGGUAUGUAUCACACUCUUUAGAAAACUUUUGUAGGUGGAUACCACAUGUGGCACUGAUGGUGUAAACCCAAGACUCUAAUGCCUCAUAAGAAUUACUUUUCACCUGUAAUUAAAACAAUAUAUAAAUAUCACAAGGGGUUUUUUGUUUGUUUGGUGAGGGGCCAAAAUUGGAUUUCUUCCCACUAGAAAGGCACGUAGGUACUGGGCAGGUACUCUAAACCAAAUGCAGCAAUAAAUGCUGGCAUGUUGAGUCGUUUCCAACUGGAUUGCAGGUCAGAUCAGAGCUGACUCUCUCCCCUCAAAAGCCUUAAAGAGAGGAGGACACACUCACAAAGCCUUUUUAGUGGUUUGUCAGUACUUACAACUGUUCACUAAUGCUCAUUCAUUCUCAUGCACUCACCUCAUUACAAAGCUCUGGAUGUCUCGUCGGCAUUUCAUUUCUCCCUGUCAGUUUCCAAUCCUGUUCUGUGCUCUCCUCCUUCCCCCACAGAUCCAGGAUGUCUCACAACGCUCUUACCAUUGCACUGAAUUGCACAACUCAGUGGUUUUUGUCUUUGAAUUAAACAGAACAGAAAGUAAGGUCAGAUUUGGGAGAGAUAAUAGCUGGAUUCAAUGUAGCGUCCUUGUAAAUAGCAGCUAAUAUCUUCUAAUUUUAGACUAAUGCUUGCCUUAUUGUAAGUGGAAAAAUGAGCAUUAUAAUGGUGGAGUUCCUGAUUUAAAAAUGUAGUCACAUUCCAGUUUUUGAUCAUGUAGUGUAUAUUUAUAUUUGUAGUAAAGUAUUUAUCUAUUAUCAUUGUAAAUGGUUGUUUACUUUUCUUUGUGCCCAUCCAAUAGACUUAAUUUCCUUGUAGUAACAAACUAGAACAUGUUGAACAUUCUAAUGAAGCACAUGCAAACUCAGUAAUGUUGAGAUGAACUGUGGUGUCAGAUCAUGCAGUAUUUUACAUCUCAACAUGGACAGAGAUUGACUGGUCAGUCAUGUGACAGCAGUGGUUACAGCCUCGAUUGUUCCCAUCAUCAAGACCUUACUCCAUGAUAUUUAGAUGUCACACAGUAUCAUACUUGGGGUUAGACUGACACCUGAUACUGAUUCAUUUUGUCAGUAGCCAAUAUCUCACGGUAAUGUUAUUUUCACUAACAAUCAUUUACCUUCACAUUUGGGUUUUUGUAAGUGUGGAAAAAACAGGAUUUUUUUGACAGUGGUCACAUCUUAAAUUUCUUGAAUUUCCACAAUAAAAAAAUAUUAAAGCUGCAAUUUUUUUAAUUUCUUUUUGGCCACUUGGGGGCAGCCAAACAAGCUGUUGACACAACAUUCACAUAACUUGUGAGUGUGAAUAUAUGAACACAAUAUUUACAUAACAAUACCUGAAAGUUAUUGUGCUAGCAAACUGUUUCCUAUUUACAUGUCCAGCAGGCAAGAAGCAACAUUAGCAUUCAUUUGAAGCUUUGUUUCUGGCCAUCUGAGUAAUCUGAGUCCGAUACUCAGUCUCACUUAAGCUCAGUUUUGGUGUUCACCCACUCCAGAGAAAAAUAUCUGUCUGUUUAACUGCUUAAUGCUGCAGUACAUUCACCAGCUAGCCGCUAACUUUAUCUGCCAUUUGGUCCUGGACAGGUAGGGUACAGACCUUUUUUGCUGGAACCUGCCUGCUGCAGCUUGCUGUAAAAUAGAGUGAGGAUAGUAGAGUUUGAAGGGUUGAAAACCAAAACAAUGAGCUAAAAGAAGCCAGAACCUUUGGAGAGCUGUAUAGAGCUCCAGAGUUGGGUAAAAGUUCUGUGGGCGUUCUUUCACAUUAUCCAUAGACAUUUACUCAAUUUUUAAUAAAAAAACAAAGUAGUGCAGCUUUAAAUAACUCAAGAAAAAAUAAGAUGUUAAAGCUGCAUUAACUAAUUUUAUUUGGCAACUAAGGGGCAGCAGAACAAGACAUGAACAUCACUGAUGCAUCAUCAUUAUAAAAAUCUGCCUCUUUAAGCUGCUAAAUGCUUGAACAUGUUCGCUAACUAGUCAUUUACCUGUUCACUAUGUCCACAGGUAGUGUACAAUGUGUUUAUCAAAGCUGUUUCAUUGCUAUGGCUGCCAGACACAUAGUUAAUAAAAGGAUUAAAAAAAAACUGUGGGUCAUAAAACCAAAACAAGCAGCUUUAAGACAAACUGCUCCGUAAAGCUGAGGAACUGCAGUAAUGGGUGAUGAUUCUCUGUGGGGUCAUCACUACUACUGACAUACUAUAUUUCACACAUUUGAUCCAUUGUUAAUAUAAAAAUAUUGAUUAGAGCAGCUUUAAAGUUUUAAAGACUCAGAUUGUAGCUGAACUUCUGCCAUCUUAGAAACAGACUUCACUUGGCUGAACUAUUUUCAGACAGUCGACAGUACUGGAAAACUGAUCUCAGUCCAACCCUAAGUGUGAUUGAAAGCGUCAUCAGGGUUAUUGACGAUGCUACCGUACAAUCAGGAGUCAAAUCUCUCCUUUCCUUUUUUGGUUAACUGGACACCGAAGCUUCUUCCAGUCAUUACUUCUUAUCAUGUCCUUGUAACAGAUUGUGUUCAGUGAUAAGAGAGUGUCCGGCUCUGGAGGAUUAACUCCACAGCAGAUGGAGAAGAUGUUCAAGGUAUGAUGGAUGGCAGGAUUUGUUGUUUGCAGAAUCAGCUAAUGAAAUCGAGCCUCAGAUUGCCAGGCUGUCACAGGAAGGAAGGGAUAGAUUUUCUCAUGUUGUAAAUUGGUUUAUUUUCCUUUCUUUCACCAGAUGGAGCAGUCAUAGGAGUCAUUUUGUUUUUGUCAUCUUUAGUUCGUCAAACACUAGAAUGGAUGGCCUUCAUGUUGAUGGGAGGCCAUCAACACUUUACACAUGACUCAUUUUCCACAACACCAUGACCCAUAAGCUCAAACUCUGUAAAUUGAUUUCUGCUUGGUUUGACUUUUUCCUCUUCAAACUGCUUGUAAAAGACACUUGCUGUUCCAACAUGAUGUUAAUGUAUAUCUCAAAAUACCUGUAUUUUUCAAUACGUUUGUUGACAAUACAGAACUGACUUUAGGCUCUCAGUGCCCUCAGACCAGGGCACCUGAGAAUCGAUGCUUAAUAAAGAUAUUCUAAUAUGUUUA